AUGUCGUCGCCGCCCUUUGUCGCAGUGUUGUGCGCGUUGUUGUGUUGGUUGUCAAAAUCGGUGCACGGUGCUCGAUGGUCGCAUUCCGCUUAUCUCAGUCCGGAUUUCCGGGUGCUGUGGUCCCUGGGACCGGGACACAACGAGAUCACGUUCGAACUGCAGGUGCGGACCGCCGGGUACGUCGGGUUCGGAUUCAGCAGGGACGGCAGGAUGGCUGGAGCUGACUUGGUCGUCGGAUGGGUCGAUCAUGGACAGGUCUACUUUCAGGUGAGUUAUUUGAUUACAAGAUAA